AUGCGCUCUUUUUUUAUCAUCGUCUCUCUAGCAUUCUCGGGUGUUAGUGCCUUUGCACCACCUGGCCCUGCAGCGAGAAGCAAUUUCCAAACUUCCUCUGCUCUAGAAAUGUCGAACGGUGGUGUUGUGAUUACAGGAUCUGCAGGUGGUGUCGGUUUCGCAUACGCUGGUGAAUUCAUGGAUCGUGGAUACGAUGUUGUCAUCUGUGAUGUCAAGGACUGCGCUUCUGCUGCCGCCGCAUUGGAGUCUCGCCACCCCAAUGGAAAGGUAUUCCACACCAAGUGCGACGUUUCUGAUGCCGACUCUUGUGCCAAGCUUGGUAAAUUCGCCAAGGAGAAUCUUGGAACUAUCAACUACUGGAUCAACAACGCAGGAAUCAACGGUGGACGCAGAGAUCUUCGCGACGUUCCUGUCGAACAAGUUGAGCUUGUCGUCAAGGUCAACUUGCUUGGAACCCUUUACUGCACCAAGGUUGCCAUGGACAUCAUGGGAGAACAGGCUGGUGUCACUGGUCACAUUUUCAACACUGUUGGAUCUGGUGUCAAGGGAGGAGGUACUCCAGGAUAUGCUUGUUACGGAGCAACUAAGCGAGGAUUGCCUCAGUUGACUGCUACUCUAGUCAAGGAAUUGGAUGAGGGAGUGCAAGGAUACGAAAAGAAAAAAACUGCAGGAACCGUUCAAGUUCACAGUAUGUCCCCUGGUAUGGUUUUCACAAAACUUCUUCUUGACAACUCUACCCCAGAGCUCAGAAAGUUCCCGUUUGGAGUCUUGGCUGCUCAGCCUGAAGAAGUUGCUGCCGACCUUGUUCCCAAGAUCCUUGCAACGACACAGAAUGGAGGAAGCGUUGAGUUUUUGACAACCGACCGAAUCUUGACAAAGUUCUUUCAACGAUUCGUGUUGCAACAGAAGAGCGAAUACAUUGACGACGACGGAAAUGUGAUCAAGACCCCAGGGGCCCAAUACGAUGAACUUGGUGUCCGACAGCUAUAUUAG